CGUAACAAUCAGUCAGCGAACAUCAGCGCAAAACGAAUCACAAAAAUAGCAAACGAAAGAAAUUCGAAAUAGAGAAGGCGAGGAAAAUUAAUUUUUUUGUAAAAGACAUUUUUGAAACGUCGGAACAGGAAAUUUUCCCACGACACACUUUCAGACAAUUAGCUCUACCGAGAUGAAUAAAUUGAAGUCCACACAAAAAGAUAGGGUGAAACGAUUUAUAUCGCUAACGCAGACGGGCGAACAAACGGCGAUAUAUUGCCUGCAGCAGAAUGACUGGAAGUUGGAGUUAGCUAGCGAUAAUUACUUUCAGAACCCAGAAUACUAUUAUCGUGAAUUGGAUCGUAAACGUAUUGAACAACUAUUCCUGCGUUAUCGCGAUCCUUGCGAGCCACAAAAGAUUACCGCAGAUGGAGUUAUACGCUUCUUAGACGAUCUCGCAUUGAGCCCCGAAUCUAAGUUGGUUUUAAUUAUUGCCUGGAAAUUUCGUGCUGAGAUUCAAUGCGAGUUUAAACGCGAUGAAUUCGUGAAUGGUAUGGGAGAUCUAGGCGUGGACAGUAUCGAAAAGCUGAAAGCGAAGUUGCCGCAGUUGGAAAUGGAGUUAAAUGAUACAUCAAAGUUUAAGGACUUUUAUCAGUUCACUUUCAAUUAUGCCAAGGAUCCGGGCCAAAAAGGAAUAGAUCUGAAUAUGGCCAUUGUAUACUGGAAGAUUGUUCUCAGUAGCCGAUUCAAAUUCUUGGAUUUGUGGUGCAGAUUUUUGGAGGAAAAACAUAGGCGGUCCAUACCAAAAGACACUUGGAAUUUGCUUCUGGACUUCGCUACCCACAUUGAUGACAAUAUGAGUAAUUAUGAUUCAGAGGGUGCAUGGCCAGUGCUUAUUGAUGAUUUUGUCGAAUGGUGUCAAGAAAAUCAUCUGAUGGCAACGCAGCAGCACCCGCAGCAACAACAGCAUCAUCAGCUACUGCAACAACAACUUGCUAACUAUCAACCCCAGCUACAAUCUAUGCAGGCGCAGCAGCAACCACAGCAGCGCAACAUAUCCAACAGUUAUCAGCCGACCUCGCAUAGUACAAACAUUAAUUAUGGCUAACGUUUAUUUAAUAUCUUAAUUAUUUUAAUAAUAAAUUUGCUUUUAUUCUUAUUAUUAUAAAUAAUUAUAGUAUAAACAUUGA